UAGCGUUUAGGAGGUGAUCAGCUGAUCAGUUUAGUACGGGCAGAUCCCGGCUAACCUUCAGCACUAUCUGCUGAUGACAGAGGAUUGAAUGGAUUCAGCCCCUCCGCGCGCCCUGCCUCCACCAACACUGGGCUCCGUCUCUCUCUCCUUACUUUCUAUUUUUAAACACUAAUAUAGAAUCUGGCUGUUGUUUAUUUUUUACACACACAUUCUGAAUGUGUCCGUUUUUCAUUCUGUCAGAUGGGCGAUUUUGUUGGAUACAAAAAUUUGAUUUAAUUUGAAUAUUUUGUUGAUUAAUUGAUUAGCUCUUCAAUGUUUCUUUUUGUUGGUGUUUGCUGUUAGUUUAUUUUUAUUAUUGUAGCCUUAGUUUGGUUUUUGCCUUGGAAGGCUCUCAAUACACUUGACCUGACCAAGAAGAAAAAAAUUAGAGGAAAAGAUUCUGAGAUCGGGACCAGGAGAUGGCGGAACAAAAGGAGGAUGUACAGAAGUUCCUGGACGGAAACCCGGCGUUUACUAAAACAUAUUUUGCCAAAAAAAUGAACCCGGACUCUAUUUCAAAGGUGGCGAGCAUCCCACUGAAACAGGUGGACUUCAGCCAGUUUGAUGAGCUCAGCCAGGUGGAGGAAAGCCAAAUCAUGUACGAGCUGAUCAAAGACAUGCAGGAGAACGUCAACAUGGAGAAGGUGGUGUUCAAGAUACUGAAAAGAAUCAGCUCACUCAUCCACGCCGACCGGUGUUCCCUGUUCAUGUACCGGCAGCGCAACGGCGUUGGGGAGCUGGCCACCCGGCUCUUCAACGUCAACGCCACGUCGGAGUUCGACGACUGCGUGGUGCAGCCGGACUCGGAGAUAGUGUACCCGCUGGACCUAGGGCUGGUGGGCCACGUGGCUCAGACCAAGAAGACGGUCAAUGUCAAAGACGUGAAGGAGAACCAGCACUUCAGUGACUUUGUGGACGAGCUCACGGAAUACAAGACGCGCAACAUCCUGGCCGCACCCAUCCUGAACGGGAAAGACCUGGUGGCCGUCAUCAUGGCCCUGAACAAGACCAGCGGACCCUUCUUCAACGCAGAGGAUGAGGACCUUUUUACCAAGUACCUUAAAAUCGCCACCUUGAAUUUGAAGAUCUUCCACUUGAGCUACUUACACAACUGUGAGACACGCAAAGGACAGCUUCUUCUGUGGUCUGCCAACAAGGUGUUUGAAGAGCUGACAGACAUAGAGCGACAGUUCCACAAAGCCUUGUACACGGUCCGCGCCUACCUCAACUGUGAUCGCUACUCCGUAGGCCUGCUAGACAUGACCAAGGAAAAGGAGUUCUUUGAUAUCUGGCCGGUGCUGAUGGGGGAGCAGCCUCCGUACUCUGGCCCAUUGACACCAGAUGGGAGGGAAGUCAUAUUCUACAAAGUGAUUGAUUAUAUUUUACACGGCAAGGAAGAGAUUAAGGUCAUACCAACUCCACCAGCAGACCACUGGGCACUGGUCAGUGGCCUGCCCGUCUACGUUGCUGAGAGUGGAUUUAUUUGCAACAUUAUGAAUGCCUCCGCCGAGGACAUGUUUCAAUUCCAGAAAGAGCCUUUGGAUAGCAGUGGCUGGACCAUAAAGAACGUUCUGUCCCUUCCCAUCGUCAACAAGAAGGAAGAGAUAGUGGGUGUGGCCACCUUCUACAACAGGAAGGAUGGAAAGCCCUUUGAUGAACAGGACGAACAGCUUAUGGAGGCCCUGACUCAGUUCCUAGGCUGGUCAGCUCUGAACACGGACACAUACGACAAGAUGAACAAACUGGAGAACCGCAAAGACAUUGCCCAGGACAUGGUGAUGUACCACGUCAAGUGUCGUGACGACGAGCUGCAGAACAUCCUGAACACAAGAGAGCUGUAUGGGUCUGAACCCGCAGACUGUGAGGAGGACGAACUCCUGCAGAUCCUGAAAAAGAAUCUCCCUCAGCUCAUUAAGAAGUUUGAGAUCUACGAGUUCCACUUCUCAGACCUCAACUGCACAGAGAUGGAGCUGGUCAAGUGUGGGAUCCAGAUGUACUAUGAGGUCGGGGUGGUCAAGAAGUUCCAGGUACCCCAGGAGGUGCUAGUGCGCUUCAUGUACUCCAUCAGUAAGGGAUACAGGAAGAUCACCUACCAUAACUGGCGCCACGGCUUCAAUGUCGGCCAGACUAUGUUCACACUCCUAACGACAGGGCUGCUGAAGCGAUACUACACCGACCUGGAGGUGAUGGCUAUGAUCACCGCUGGCUUCCUGCACGACAUCGAUCACCGGGGCACCAACAACCUCUACCAGACCAAGUCAGGCAAUCCUCUGGCCAAGUUGCACGGCACCUCGAUUAUGGAAAGACACCAUCUAGAGAUUGGCAAGUUCCUCUUAGCUGACGAGCAAUUGAAUAUCUACCAGAACCUCAACAGGCGACAGCAUGAGCAUGUGAUCCACCUCAUGGACAUCGCCAUCAUCGCCACGGACCUGGCUCUGUACUUCAAGAAGAGGACCAUGUUCCAGAAGAUCGUGGACCUAUCGAAAACCUAUGAUGAUGAGAAGAAGUGGGUGGACUUCAUGUCUCUGGAAACCACCAGGAAGGAGAUUGUCAUGGCGAUGAUGAUGACAGCCUGUGACUUAUCUGCUAUCACUAAGCCCUGGGAGGUGCAGAGCAAGGUGGCCCUGUUGGUGGCAGCUGAGUUCUGGGAGCAAGGAGACCUGGAGAGGAAUGUUCUGGAUCAGCAGCCUAUUCCCAUGAUGGAUCGAACUAAAUCAGCCGAACUUCCAAAGAUGCAGUGUGGUUUCUCGAUCGACUUUGUCUGCACCUUUGUCUAUAAGGAGUUCUCCCGUUUCCACCCGACAAUCACUCCCAUGCUGGAUGGCAUCCUGAACAACAGGAAGGAGUGGAACAACUGCAAGGAGGAGUACGAGGCCAAGCUCAAGGCCCUGGAGGAGGAGAAGGCGGCCAAGGCCCCAGCAGGCCCCAAAGCUGGGUCGGCCAACCCCGGGGCGGCAGGCGGGGCUAAGACCUGUACUCUGUGUUAGAGGACACGGAGCAGCCGCCAUGAAAGCAUCCGAUGCGUUGGAGGAGAACGAUGGCGUUACGCACAGCAAACAUGAGGCUUCACAUUUAGGCAAACACCAAAUGAUGAGUUAUAGGUUUUCCUGUUUGUUGGAAUUAUUCCGGCUCACGAAAAACAAAGGAUAGAAUGGUAGAGGACCCUCAGACCCUCGACCAAUCAUCAGUGGGUAAAAGUGAACCUGCUCCACCCUACAUCCGUACGGUUACAGACCAUACCUACAGUGUACCUACUACAUCCUGGUUACAGAGCGUACCUAGAGUGUACCAUCUACACCCUACAUCCUGGUUACAGAGCGUACCUAGAGUGUACCAUCUGCACCCUACAUCCUGGUUACAGAGCGUACCUAGAGUGUACCAUCUACACCCUACAUCCUGGUUACAGAGCGUACCUAGAGUGUACCAUCUACACCCUACAUCCUGGUUACAGAGCGUACCUAGAGUGUACCAUCUGCACCCUACAUCCUGGUUACAGAGCGUACCUAGAGUGUACCAUCUACACCCUACAUCCUGGUUACAGAGCGUACCUAGAUUGUACCAUCUACACCCUACAUCCUGGUUACAGAGCGUACCUAGAGUGUACCAUCUGCACCCUACAUCCUGGUUACAGAGCGUACCUAGAGUGUACCAUCUGCACCCUACAUCCUGGUUACAGAGCGUACCUAGAGUGUACCAUCUGCACCCUACAUCCUGGUUACAGAGCGUACCUAGAGUGUACCAUCUACACCCUACAUCCUGGUUACAGAGCGUACCUAGAGUGUACCUACUACAUCCUGGUUACAGACCGUAGUGUACCUACUACAUCCUACAUCCUGGUUACAGAGCGUACCUAGAGUGUACCUACUACACCCUACAUCCUGGUUACAUAGUACGUACAGUGUGCCCACUACAUCCUGGUUACACACAGUACAGUGUACCUGCUACAUCCUGGUUACAGACCGUAGUGUACCUACUACAUCCUACAUCUGGUUACAAACAUUUAUAUUUCUGUCUGUCAAAUUUAGAGUAGAUAUUGCCAACCCUUUAAUCAAGCAAAAGUAUGUUUCUUGCGAGUAUGCUUCUCUGCAAAUGAUACUAUAUUAAAUGGUUUAGAAUUUACAUUUUUACAUGAUAAUGUAUUUUCAUAAAGAAGGUUUCCCCUACUUUAAUAUUACAUCCAGUCAUGAGACAUUUACAAACAAGAUUGUUUACCUUUGUAACCCAUACAAUCCCUGGCAAGUGUUCUACAUAAUCUACAUUAAAGGAAUCUAUGGAUUCAUUUUCCCACAACAUUAACAAAGUUAAGAUGCUUCCGAAACAACCCCUUUAUACUGUACAAGUCUCUAAGAAUCGCCUACUUUGAAUCAAGGACAUAAGACAAAGUAUAGCAUCAGGUUAUGUAAAGGCCACAGAAAUUCUAGUUGAAGCCCAAGCACAGAAGUACCAGGGGACUCCUACAUAUAUUUUGAUCGAACAAUGCUUCUCAAACCUGGUUUUGUACAAAUCUUAAUGGAAUUUUAAAAUUAUUUCAAUGAUUGCUCAACUUCAAGAUGAAGUUGACUAAAGGGCAGAGUAAUUCAAAAUGUUGUAAAUACCGCUGUAAAUACCUUCCCAAGAAUAUUAUUUUUCUAGUUCCCAAGUAGAGUAGUGCACUACUCAAUUCAUUAUAUUAAUGCUUUCUUUGGUGAAGAACCAGCAAGUCUCUUAUGGUAAACAUGUUCCACUAAGAUGCGUUUCAAUGGGGGCUCCACUAAAUGUGUUGUGCUGAUCAGAGGACAUAGGCUCUGAGAAUUAAGAUGAACACAAAAUGAUAGGGAGUAAUAAUACUAUGGAGUAUUAGCACACAUUGGCUGAAUAAAACUAUUUAAAGUUUGGAUGUAUGACGUAAAUAAAGCAAUGUAUUUUCAUUAGAA